CAAGACUUCAGCUUGUCCCGUACCUCCCAGCAUUUUUCACACCUGUCCUAGAUGUGCGCCGAGGUGCUAUAUCAUCCACGUGGGACUCUCGAGAACCUCCCUGAAAGUCUCCCUGGUUCUGAGACUGCACCGUUGGUGGCUCAUUGCUGGAGCACCUUUACUGGAGAGAAAACAUUAUCUGCCGCCGCCUUUGAUGUUUGUGCCCUGAGAAACGACUGGGGGGGGUUCAGUCCAGUCCAGUCCUGCCUCCUGAGCACUUCCAGAUGUCACACAUCCUCUUUUACUGUGAGAAAAACAAGGGAAGAACAUACAAGAGUUAUGUCAGCAGCUCCAAUGCCCCAAAAACAUCUUGCGACCAUAUUGUUUCUGCACUCUUAAAAACCAUGAGUCAUUUUUUCAACACGUCUGCGUGCUCAGCUUUUCAAAACACCAACUUGUGCAUCCUCCAUGCAUGGUUCUCUUUGCUGCAGUUUGGAUGGAAAACCUCCCCUUCAGCAGGAGUGGGAGCUCCAGCUAACGUGAUGGAAUGAAAGCAGACGGCUCAGUGAGCUGCGAGGAGGAGCUGAAUAAUGAGGCAGAAGAAGAACCUCUGAGGCUUAAAGUCGAUUCAGUGGACCAAUGAUUAACUCAGAGAGGUUAAAGAGCAUAUCCAGAUAAGGGGAUUCACCCAGUCUGAGCAGAGGACGCUCAUCUGCAGACCAGCUGAUCCCACCGUGAGUUACAGCUUCCACUGCACUGCAGAGCUUCACUUCUGCAAAGAAUGAAUGACUGGCCAGGCCAGCAGCCCCCCCAGUCCCACAGCAAUGGACCCGCUUAUCGGCUCAACUCCGAGGGAGACUCUGGAGCGAGUUUCAGCCUCGCUGGGCUGCAGUCCAACCUCUGCAGAGGUGGCUUCAUACCUCGACAUGCAUGACAAACUGAGACAUCUCAGAGAGAAGUUUCUGCUGCCCAAAAUUGCAGAUUUGCCCACUUCUGAUCUCUCCCUGGUCGAUGGCAGCAAGGAGUGCAUCUACCUUGUGGGAAACUCACUGGGGCUUCAGCCCAAAAUGGCCAGGACAUAUCUGGAAGAGGAGCUGGAUAAGUGGGCUAAAAUGGGAGUUCAUGGUCACACAGAGGGCUCUCGACCUUGGGCCUGGGCUGAAAACAACAUAGAAGAGCUCAUGGCAAAUGUUGUCGGAGCUAAAGCUGAAGAAGUGGCACUGAUGAACGGCCUGACAGUUAAUUUACACCUUCUAAUGCUUUCCUUCUACAAACCCACGGCAGCUCGGCACAAAAUCCUUCUAGAAAACAAGGCCUUUCCCUCAGACCAUUAUGCUGUGGAGUCUCAGAUCAGGCUACGAGGGUUCGACCCCCAGCAGAGCAUGCUGCUGCUGUCAGCCAGACCGGGAGAAGAGACUCUGAGAACAGAGGACAUCCUGCAGGUCAUCGAGGAGGAGGGCGACUCCAUCGCCGUGGUGAUGUUCAGCGGCGUUCAGUAUUACACCGGCCAGCUGUUCAACUUGGCCGCCAUCACGGAGGCUGGUCACAGGAAGGGCUGUUACGUGGGUUUUGACUGCGCCCACGCGGCGGGAAACGCCGAGUUAAAGCUGCACGACUGGGGCGUCGACUUCGCCUGCUGGUGCUCGUACAAGUAUCUGAAUUCAGGUGCCGGCGGUCUGGCCGGAGCGUUUGUCCACGAGAAACACAAAGACGCCAUCCAACCAGCGCUGCUGGGAUGGUGGGGACAUGCCCUGGAAACGCGGUUCAAGAUGAGUAACACGUUGGAGCUGCAGCCUGGUGUGAGCGGCUUCCGACUCUCCAACCAGCCCAUCUUGCUGGUCUGCCCCCUGCAGGCCAGUCUGGAGGUAUUUAACAUGACCAGUAUGCAGGCGUUACGAAGGAAGUCCCUCCUGCUGACGGGUUACCUGGAGUAUCUGAUCCAGCAUCACUACGCUGAAGACCCCGCCCAGCCCCACAAACCUCACAUCCGCAUCAUCACGCCGUCUGACCCUGAGCAGCGAGGCUGCCAGCUCUCACUGUCCUUCUCUGUCCCCAUCAGAAAGGUGUUCCAGGAGCUGGAGAAGAGGGGUGUCACUUGUGACAUGCGGGAGCCCAGUGUACUGCGAAUCGCUCCGGUGCCGCUCUACAACACCUUCAGCGACGUUCACCGCUUCAUAGAAAUGCUGGGAUCAGCGCUCGCUGCCACCGGCAGCCAAUAGAAUGAAGUGCAGUACACAUCAACUUUUGUUUUUUUUUGUUGAGGUGUCAUUAAUUGACUUUAAGUUCAAUAUUAAAGCUCAUUAUCUUCACCAGUGUAUAUUAUUUCCGUUUGAAAGAUAUUUAACAGAAAAAAAAAAUGUUGUAAAUCCACCAGUGUAUUAACAUGUAGUCAGGAUUUGAAGUCUCAUAUAAAUGAGACUAUGAGGAUCUAUAAUAGGGAAGAAAGCAAAGUUUAGUUAGCCAGCAGGCCUCCCCUCACCAAUUAACACCUACUUUAUUAUAACAUCGACUUCUCUCUAAUGUUCUUGCAUGUGUUUAUGCACUAUUACCUUGACGGAUGCCUAUUCCACAAUCAGACAUAAUUGGCAUAUCAAUAUGCGAAACCUAAAUGGAUUAACCUCCUCUAAAACUAAUGAGCACUUGGAUGCCCAGCUGGGGAAUGGACCAGAAUUAGCAUUUGUCAUCUUUUUGGAGUGAUAUGA